AUGACUUCGUGUCAAUUAAGGUAUCGGACAUCCUUCUUUUUUUUUUCGGUUAAUUUCAUUUUUACCUCAAAAGAUCACGCCAUUCCGAUUUGUUUCAACUUCUUAAAAACGUUUUGUUUUCUUUGUUGUUGUAUUUUUGUACAUCUCCUUUCUUUUCUUUCAAGGUUUCUGUCUUUCACUCAUUUUUCUUCCGUUUACUAUCAUUUCUACUUUCUCAUUUUCUAUUUUUUUUCUCCUUUGUUCAUUAUUCACUUUUCUUUUUUUUUCAUUCUUUCGCGUCCUUGCUUUUACAUCUUCCUGUUUCUUUCUUUUCCUUUCAUUUCCCAAUUGUCUAUCAUUCUUUUUCAGUCAAUUUAUUUUAUACGGUCAUUUUCUUUCAUCGUACUUUCUUUCUUUUUCUUAUCUCUUCCUUUUUCUUAUCUGUUCCUUUUUCUUCUCUAUCUAUCAAUCUUUCUUUCAUCUAAAACUCAUUUUUCUUUCCUUUACUCUCACUCCCAUUUUUUCUUUCUAUUUUUGGGGGGAUUUUCAUUUCUUCACUGUAUUCUUUUUCUCUAUUUUACUUUCACCAUGUCUUCUUUCUUUAUUUCUUUCUUUCUUUGUUCAGUUUUAUAUCGUCUCAAUCUGUUUUUUUUUAUUGCUCAAUUCCCAAAAGCUUUUCUUUCUUUGAAUUUGUUUUCCUUCUAUUUCUUCAAUCAUCUCUCACACUUUUUCUUUUUUAUUCUCCCACCAUGUCAAGCAAGGAAAAAAGUUGACAACAAAUCGUUUUUUUAUUCGCUGAAAAAAAAAAAAAGUAGUGCUUCCAAAACACAGAGAAUUACCCGGGAAUCAAAUUCUCUUUCUCUGUUUUUCUUUUUCUUCUAUUUUCAUUUUUUCUAUCUCCUUUCUCUUUCUUUUUCUCUCAUCAUUCUUUCUUUCUUCAUUUAUUAUUUUCUUCAUUUCUUACUUUCUUUAUCAUACUUUCUUCAUUUCAUUCUUUCUUCAUUUCUUUCUUUCUUCAUUUCUUUCUUUCUAUCUUCUAUCUUUCUUUCUUUCUUUUCAGAGAUCUGA